AUGUCAGCACAAUCAUCACCACCACAAGAUACAGAGAAUCCUGAAGAUUGGAAGCCAGUACGUGAUCCUGAUGCUGCAUUGAGAGAUGCUCUUAAAAAACUCUCUAAUGAUGAUUGGGAAAUGAAGAAUGAGGGUAUUAAUCUAAUAAGAAGAAUCUGUAUGUACCAUCCUCAAGUUAUAAUAGGAAGUUUACAUACUGUGGUAGUGGCUAUUAAUGCUGAGGUGAAGAAUUUAAGAUCUCAAGUAUCCAGAUUGGCUAUUGUAUGUUUAGGAGAUAUGUUUACAUAUUUAAAGAAAGGUCUUGAUCCGGAUUUAGAUUGUACAGUAAGAACAUUAUUAGCUAAGAAUGCUGAAAGUAAUGCCUUUAUUAAGAAUGAUGUAGAGAAAGCAUUAGAAUGUAUGGUAGAUAAUGUGUCACCUGCCAAAGCCUUAACAGCUUUAAUAUCUGGUGGUGCAGAACACAAGAGUAGUAGUGUACGUAAGAUGACAGCUCAGUUUUUAGUUGAGAUGUGUGAGAGAAUGGGACCAGGUCGUGUAUUAAGUGGUGUAAAAGAUAUAACAGAUAAAGUCUUACCUACUGCUGCUAAACUUAUGCAAGAUGGUUCUCCAGAAACAAGAUAUUAUGGAAGAAAGAUAUUUUAUAAUUUAAUGUCACAUCCUGACUUUGAUAAAAUGCUCAAUAAACAUGUCAAUUCUAGUACAUUAAGAAAUAUACAGGAAAACUUAGAUGCUUUAAAACAAAAAGGUUUAGGUGAUAUGCCUGCUGAAUCAACUUCUGCUAAAUCUCGAAGAUCGGGUCAUGGAAGUCGGUCCAAUUCUUCAGUUCGUAGCAAUUCUGCUAGCAGUGCUGGUGAUGCUUUGAAUACCCCUCAACCAAGACGUAAAGCAAUGAAAACUGAUUCAGCUACAACAGAAGAGAUUCAUCAAGUGAUAAAUCAACUAGGCUGUAAUAACUGGAAUGAUAGAUAUAAAGCUCUACAAGACUUUCAGGAAUUAUGUGAAACAAUACCUGAACAAAUCACACCACAUACUAUAAAGAUUUUCGACAAGUUUUCGCCGCGUUUAGUGGAUUCCAAUAGUAAAGUAAAUUUAUUAGCAUUACAAGUUAUGAGUAAUGUUAUACCAAAGUUAAAAGAGAGUUUAGCUAAUGUUCCUGUGUUAAAUAUUGCUGUUAGUAAUAUAGUACCCAAUUUAUCAUCAAAAAAUAAGGAUAUUUUACAAGCUACCAGAACGGUAUUAGAUCAGUUAGUUGCUAAUAUUGAUCCCUGUAUGCUGAUUGAACCAUUUGCAACACAGGCAAUUGCUGCUGGUCCCAGAAGUAAACCAGAAAUUGUAGAAAAAGUGGCAUAUUUGGUUCAAAAGGUCUAUGUCAGAAAACCAAAAGUUGUCAUUCUUCGUGUAUUGCCAUUAAUGUGGCACCUUCUUCAGGCAACGAAUUCCAGUGGCGCUGUCCAUGGUGGUAGUGUAGAUCUUCGUUCAGCAUCUUCACAAUUAGCCAGCAUGUUAUAUAGUUUAAUGGGGCAUACACUGAUAGAAAAAGCACAAGCUGAUCAUAAUGUAACACCAAGACAUUUAGAAUUAUUACAUGAUUUAAAGGAAGGAUAAACUAUAGUGAUAUAUCUUAAAAUGGUUUUUAUUGGGUGUAUGAAAUCAAAAUAUAUUUAUUUUCUUUUGUUAUUUUUCACAACAUUCCACAAGAAUUGGCAUUCACAUUGUUAAAGAAAGGCCUAUUUCCAGCAUUUCAAAGAAAACUUUGAGAUUUGUUUUGUCACGCCAUGUUAUAGUUUAUUUUUUGAGAGGACUGAAGACCAAUCUGUUGAUGCUAACAAUGAGAUUACAAUUCAUGUGAGGCAAAUCUUUUUAAUUUGUAAUCUGGAAGUAAAGUAAGGUUGAAUUAGAUUAUAUUUGACAGGAUAAUUAUGGUAACAUUUUUUUACAGGAUUGCUAAAACAAAUCCUGAAACCUGCCAAAUAUUUUAAUGAAAGAAGUACUUUAAUAUUGGUAUAACAUCAAC